GGGACCCCCUUGGUGUUUCCGCUCUCUAAAUGCCCAUUCUGUGUGGGUUCCUGAUUCUCUGUGGGUUCUUUCCUGCAGAGGACAAUUCUCUUCCUGUCCCAACCUAAGCUUGGGGGGCUGAGCCCAGGGCUCCAGUGGUUUGUGCCCCAGCCUCAUGGGUGGAAUGCGCCUGCCACCCCCAGGCUAGAUGAGGGGCCUAAGGGUCAGGGUGGGCAUUCGUUGUACCCCUUUUUGACCUUUGUAGGCCACAGUUGGGUGAGGGGCUGGACAAUGAGCCUCCUCUUCCUUGAAAGAAGGAAUUUUGGUGGAGACAAUAGGGCCCUGUCUACUCUCGCAUGGGGGGUGGUGGCUGACUCAACUCUGCCCCCCCCCCCAAGGCCCUAACAAAUGUCAUCAAGAAACGGGGAAAUUUCCCCUUAGUGCCCUGGGCUGUCCCCCCGCCCCCCUCUUGGCCUUUUGUGACGACUUGCCCUCCUUUCUUUCUUCAGCUGAUCUUGCCUCUUCUCCCAUCACCUGACCCUGCUUUUCUCUGCCAGUUCUGUCUCCCUGCCCCCCACUUCUCCCCCAGUCUGUGUUGGGUUGAGGGGUGUGGCAAGGGCCAGGGGUACCAGUGAUGUUACAGAGCCAGUAGCCUCUGCUGAUUUGGGGAGUCCAGAAAUAAGGGGCAUCAGAGGGUUGGAAAUUUACUUCUAGGGGGCCCUUCGCUGGGGUGGUGUGAGGGUAGUGGGACCUGGACCCCACGGAGCAGAUCAAGCAGGAACUAUGAAGUCUUGUGGGAGGGGGCAAGAAUGGGAGGAUUCUGUCUGGCCCAGCCCCUCCUCUCCUUCCCAGCCUGCCCAACCCGCCCACCAGUCUGAGCUGCUGCUGCUGAGGCUGGUCUACUUGAAGUCUCCCGGAGAGAGGGAAAGACAGCCUGCAGAGUUUGGAGUCAAGGAGAAUCAUGGGGUCCAGGGAUGAGCUGUACACUCUCUUAGGCGGACUCUCGUUCCUCCUGCUACUGAUGUCAGUCCAGGGGGCCAAGGGUGGAUCCCUUAAAGAGAGUCAGGGGGUCUGCUCCAAGCAGAUGCUGGUGGUCCCCCUCCACUACAACGAGUCCUACAGCCAAGCAGUGUAUAAGCCCUACCUGACUGUGUGCAGUGGAAGGCACGUCUGCAGCACCUACAGGACCACAUACCGAGUGGCGUGGAGGGAGGUGAGGAGGGAGGUGCAGCAGACCCACGUUGUGUGCUGCCAGGGCUGGAAGAAGCGGCAUCCGGGGGCGCUCACCUGUGAUGAAGCCAUCUGCGCCAAGCCAUGUCUGAACCGAGGCGUCUGCGUCAGGCCAGAGCAGUGCGAGUGCGCCCCAGGCUGGGGUGGGAAGCACUGUCACGUGGACGUGGAUGAAUGUAGGACUGGCGUCACCCUCUGCUCGCACCAUUGCAUCAACACGGCGGGCAGCUUCACCUGCCGCUGUCCCCAGGGUCUGGUGUUGGGCCCGGACGGGCGCACGUGCGCAGAGGGCGCCCUGGAGCCGCCAACCAGUGCCAGCGUCCUCAGCGUGGCGGUUCGGGAAGCAGAACAUGAUGAGCGCGUCUUGAGGUGGGAGAUCCAGGAGCUGCGAGCGCGCCUGGAGCGGCUGGAGCAUUGGGCUGGUCAGGCCGGGGCCUGGGUCCGAGCUGUGCUGCCCAUGCCUCCGGAAGAGCUACAGCCGGAAAAGGUGGCAGAGCUAUGGGGCCGCAGUGACAGGAUCGAGUCUCUCAGCGACCAGGUGCUGCUGCUGGAGGAGAGGCUAGGCGCCUGCUCCUGUGAGGACAACAGCCUGGGCCCAGGCCUCAACCGGCCAAAAAGGAACCUCUCCAGAGCCCCGGUCCCCUAAUUUAUACAGAAACUGGCCCCGCUAAUCCUUUGGGAUCGGCCAGGUGGGGAAGUGCAGAUAAGGUUAUCUGCCACUAAGGAGCAAUAGUGAUGGAGACUUCCAAGAGCUGAAGAAAGGCGGGGAAGAUGGGUGCCUUGGCCCACCCGAGUCUUCUGGCUGGGGCAGGUUGCCUGGGCGAGAACCACUUUAAUGCCUUCACAAAUGCAGCCAGAAAGUGCCCAGAUCUCUCUCUCUCUCUGUCUUUAUUCUCGGUUUCUUGCUGUUAUCCAGAUAAUUAAUAAAAACCAACCACGCAAAA